UGAACACGGGAGAAAGAACCUUUGCACGCGCUCGCUGUGGGGGCUCUGCUGAGCAGCAGGCCCGCCUCACGCUGUGUCGGAAGACACACGAUGGAGAGAAACCCUGUGAAAACAGUAAGUGUGCAGGAACCAUCCAGAAAUGCCCCCCCUGCAUCCCCUCUACCAGGAGAGAAACCCAGUGAAGACGAGGGAGGGGGAGGAGCUCCCGUGGCUGAAGCCCUUCCCAGGCAGGGGGGAAGCGCCCAGAGGAAAGGCCCUAUGUAUGUGCCGAGUGCAAGAAAUCCUUCCAUCAGGGCUCGGCCCUCAGAGUCCAUCAGAGAAUCCACAGUGGGGAGAAACCCUACCAGUGUGCCGAAUGUGGCAAGUCCUUCUACUCGAAAUCCAGCUAUAAUCACCAUUAGCGGACCCACACGGGCGAGAAGCCCUACAAGUGCCAGGACCGUGGAAAGUCCUUUUGCGUGAAAUCAAACCUGACGAAACACCAGAAAACACACACCGGGGGAAAGCCUUUCAAAUGUGGCAAAUGUGGGAAAACGUUCUUCCAGAAAUCCCAGUUCUCUGACCACCAGCGAACCCACACAGGGCAGAAGCCCUACGGGUGCAGGGGAUGUGGGGAAGCCUUCUGCUACAGGUCAGCACUAUGCAUCCAUCGGGGAACACACAUGGAAGACAAACCACACAAGUGCACGGACUUGUGUGAGAAAUCCUGCUGUAAGUCCGCCUUGGUCAUACACCAGGGAACUCACACAGGGAAGAAACCCUGUGACAGUAGUGAGUGUGGGAAAACCUUCUGUGUGAAGUCCAAUCUCACCAAACACCUGAAAAUCCACACAGGGGAGAAACCUUACGGCUGCAGGGAGUAUUAUGGCAAAUCCUUCUCCAUGAAUUCCUUGCUGGUUGUGCAUAAAAGAACACACACAGGGGAGAAGCCCUACAUGUGCGUCGAGUGUGAGAAGCCCUUCUAUAAAAGGUCAGCCCUCACCAAACACCAGAAGACUCACACGGGGAAGAAGCCAUAUGAGUGUGCGUGCGGGAAAGCCUUCUACAUAAAGCCAACUCUCACCAUCCACCAGAGGACGCACACUGGCCAGAAGCCUUUUAAGUGCAUGGACUGUGGCAAGGCCUUCUACGCCAAGUCCUUUCUCAACAUCCACCAGAAGAACCACACAGGGAAGAAGCCCCACGUAUUCGCAUGCCCGAAAUGCGGGAAGGCCUUCUACAUGAAAUCAGCCCUCAGUCAACACAAGAGAAUCCACACAAGUGAGAAGCCGUACGCAGGUAGGGAGUGUGGGAAAACCUUCUUCCAGAAGUCCCACCUCACUAAACACCAGCGCACACACACAGGGCAGAAGCCGUAUGAAUGUCAGAAGUGUAGAAAAACCUUCUUCCAGAAGUCACACCUCAUCGAACACCAGAAGACACACACAGAGGAGGAGCCCCAUGAAUGCAGUGAAUGCAGGAAAUCCUUCUGUUACAAGUCAGCCUUAACCACCCACCAAAGGACCCACAGGGAAGAAAAACCCUACAAGUGCAAUGAAUGUGUGAAGUCUUUCUGCAUGAAAUUGCACCUAACCAUUCACCAGAGAACUCACUCAGGGAAGAACCCCUUUGAAUGUAACGAAUGUGGGAAAACUUUUUAUGUGAAGUCAAACCUCAUCAAUCACCAGAGAACUCACACGGGGGGGGGGGGGAAGCCAUAUGAGUGCAAGAGGUGUGGGAAGUCCUUCUGUAUGAAGUCAACCCUCACAGUGUAUCAGUGCACACACACAGGCGAGAAACCCUAUGAAUGCACCAGCUGUGGGAAGUCCUUCUACAAGAAGUCAGCUCUCAAUAAACACCUAAGCAUCCACACAAGAGCAAUCCCUUAAACUGCAACCAAUGGGGAAUGUCUUUCUGUGGAAAUUCAAAUUUUCUCAACAUCAGAGAAUUCAUGAGAGGAACCUUAUGCAUGUAAAAUGUGGCAAUUCCUUGUUGGCAUGAGAGAACAUCCAUGGAGUAGAGGGGGUCAGAGGGUUUUCCUGGAAUGUGGGAAAAUCACGAAUUUUUUUUUCUUUUUGGGUCACACCGGCAAUACAGGGGUUACUCCUGGCUCUGCACUCAACACUCCUGGUGGUGCUCGGGGGACCAUAUGGGUGCUGAGAAUCGAACCCAGGUUGGCUGUGUGCAAGACAAAUGUCCUACCGCUGUGUUAUUGCUACAGACUUCUGCUCCCCACAUUCUUGACCAUUGGAGAAUGCUUGGAUUCACUUAUCUGAUACUUCAGAUAAAUCACAUGUGAAAAAGUUUGCAACAAGUAUAAAUAGGCUUUAAAACAAGUAUAAAAGC